GCCCCGGCAGCUCCAUCCAGCAUUCCCUCCGGGAUGCAGAGACCGGCGGCGGGCCAGGGCCAGCGGUCCCCCGAGCCCGGGGGGCGGCGGGCAGUCAGGUGGCCGGCCCCCAGGUCACCUCCCCGGAACGUGCUCGGACCUCCACGUUGUGUUUACACGGAGUGAGGUCCAAAAAGCCUUCCCGUACCAAAGCUGCCUUAUCGCCCGCUCCUCGGCCGCCCCCCGAGCCUAUAUAAGGGCGGCCACCGGCGGCGGGAGGGACACGGGAGGCGACCGGAGCCAGGUGUUUUUAGGGGACCUCUGGGCGUCAAAGCGAACCCGACAGGCAGCAGGUGCAGCAGACACCACCCCGGACAGCAACUCUCCUGCAGCCGGACCAUGCUGCUGAAGGCUGCGCUGCUCCUCUCGCUGCUGGCCAGCUGCCCAGUGUCCCCGGCCAAGCCGGAGCAGAGCGGCCUCUGGGAGUACCUGAGCCAGCUGACGGGGGACAAGGACGGCCUGGAGCAGGGCCAGAGCAAGCUGGGCAGGGACAUCACGAACCUGAAGGAGAGCAUUCAGGAUGGGGUCAGCUACAUGGGGGACUUCCUGGAGAAGCUGUCGCCCCUGAGCAGGGACCUGCAGCCGCGGCUCCCCGAGGACUCGGCCAGCCUGCGCAGGGCCCUGCGCAGGGAGCUGGACAGCCUCCGGGACAAGCUGUCCCCGUACGUGGACGAGGUGCACCAGCAGGUCGGGAAGCAGCUGGACGAUCUGCGGCAGCAGCUGCAGCCGCUGACGGAGGAGCUGCUGGACCAGGUGUCCCUGCGGGCCCGGCAGCUCCGGCGGCACCUGGUGCCCAGCCGGGAGGUGACAGCGCAGCUGCUGGGCGGCGCCGACGAGCUCCAGCGCUUCAUGGCUCACUACGCCGACAAGAUCGCCUUCCACACGGACCAGGUGAAGGACAUCUUCCACCCGUACACGGACCGGCUGCUGAGCGAGAUCCACCGCAACGUGGAGGAGCUGCACCGCAGCGUGGCCCCGCACGCCCGCGCCAGCCCCGAGCAGCUCAACCAGCACAUCCAGGAGCUGUCCGCCAAGCUGGCCCGCAACGCGCGGGACCUGCACCAGCAGAUCCAGAAGAACCUGGAGCAGCUGAAGGCCAAGCUGAGCCUGCUGCCCCGCAGCCUGGGCGCGCCGCCGGGCCGCUCGCGGGAGGCGCUGGCGCGGGAGGUGCAGCGGCGCGUGGAGGAGUUCCGCCGGGACACGUACGCCCAGAUCCAGGCGUUCACCCGCGCGCUGGACCAGGAGACGGAGGAGAUGCGGCUGAAGCUCAGCGCCCGCCCGGGCCCGCCCGAGGAGCCGCUGGACGCGCCGCCGCCGCCGCUGGAGGAGCUGCGGGCGCGGCUGGACGCGCUGUGGCGGGACCUGGCGCUGAGCCUGAGCGAGCGCGGCGGGGCGGAGCGCGGGGAGGCGCGGGCGGGGCCGGGCGGGGCGGCGCCGGGGCGGCUCCGCGGCUGAACGCGAACAAUAAAGGCGCCGCCAUCGCGGCCCGCGCGCGCGUCACAUGA